ACGGCCCAUGUAACACAGUAUCGCUCCGAUCACUCAAGCAGGGCGUUUGUCUACCUUUCAGCUUUUCAUUACUCAGCUGAGCUUUGCGAGGGCAUAGCAAAUACACAACUCCCUGGAAGUUCUCGUAAAGUAAUAUAAAACCAGCUUUUUAUUUAUUUUUAUCUUUAAAAAAAAGGAAUAUUUUGGAAGCCAUUGGAGCAAGUGGAUAUGUUGACCUUUGUCUUUGUGUGCCUCGCUAUUUCAGUCACAGGACUGCGUGCUUUUACGGUUACUGUUGCUAAUCCCUCAGUACAGGUGAAAGAGAAUGAGGGAGUUGACUUGAAAUGUACCUACAGUUCUGACUUUGGGACAUCACCCAGAGUAGAAUGGAAGUUCAGGGAUCUCAAGGGAUCUCAAACAUUGGUCUACUUUGAUAACCAGCCAACUGGGAACUAUGCAGGCCGUAUCACAGUGUAUGAUGGAGGACUGAGAUUUAACAAGGUGACACGAGCAGACAACGGAAACUAUGAUUGUGAGGUGUCUGGAAAUACUGGAUAUGACGAGAAGACCAUCAAACUCACAGUCCUUGUGCCUCCUUCCAAGCCUGUAUCCAGAAUCCCUUCAUCCGUCAGGACAGGCAGUAACGCUCGCCUGACCUGCUUCGACACAGAUGGCUCCCCUCCAUCCAGCUAUAAGUGGUACAAAGACAACAUUCUCCUCCCCGAGGAUCCAACCUUGUCCUCCAAUUUUAAGAACCUCACUUACAAGAUGGAUGUUAAAAAUGGUAACCUGGACUUUGCGAGAGUAUCUAAGUUGGAUACCGGUUCAUAUUUCUGUGAGGCCAGUAAUGGAGAAGGCGCCCCUCAGCGUGGAGAUGCAAUGCGCAUGGAAGUCCAUGAUCUAAAUGUUGGUGGCAUUGUUGCGGCAGUUAUUAUUGCUUUGCUGGCAGUUGGAUUGCUCCUCUUUGGUCUUUGGUUUGCCAGAAAAAAGGGAUAUCUGCCAAGUAAGUUCUUACUGCAUAAGUGUGUGUGUUUGAGAGCGAUUGAGAGAGAGUAAGAGAUUUAACUAUAAUAAUUAGAAAUUCAAAAUGAUUAACUUAUUUGCAUAUGCUUUUUUCCCCACAGAAAAAAUAGAAAGGUAAGAGUUGUUUUCUUAUCUGUGGCACAUUUAACCUUAUUUCUGACAUAUCAUACUAUAAAAAAAAAUUCUGUAAUGUAAUAUAUAUAAAUGAUCUCUUGCAGCAAGCCAAAACAAAAAGCGGUUUAUACACAGCCCGGAACAGAUGAUGAUGAGGAAUUCAGACAGAAAUCAUCUUUUAUUGUGUAGUCUGUGCUACUCUGCAUGAAACGUGGAGAUCUAGUGCCUAGAUCAAGUUCAUACAAAUCAGGAUCAGUGUAUAUGUGACGGGAAAUGCCUUCCUACUCUGCUUUCCUUGCUGGUUGACCAUAGACAUAUUCAAAAGCAGCAAUUGUAAAUGUUCAGAUUUAAUUUUAGGAAUCUAGACCUGUUUGGUUUUGUAGAAAUGAAUAGAAAUGUAAUUUGUUGAAAUAUGAUUAGUCUGUUAGUGGAACACAAACCUAAUGGGUCUAAGAUCAAUUAUCUAUUUAUAGAAUUCACUUUGUUGUUUAGUUAUGUGUGGACUAAGAUGUCCAGUGCUGUUUUUACACAACUCUGGACUAUGAGAUGGAAACUUUUUGGGGAAGAGAAGGUACUAUGAAUGUUCCCCAUUCAGGAUAUAAUAUCCCCUCUCCUUUAUAAAAACAUUUGCUGUACAUUGUAGUCAUUUGAUAUGUGGUUUAUGUCACUUUUUUAUGAUAGAGUACCUUGUGUUUUAUGUGUUUAUACCUUUUAUGAAAUGUAAAUAGAUCUUUCUGUCUUUUUAUUUGAUUUAUUUUAAGAUUUCAAAUGGUGCUUAAUUGGCCUUUCUGAAUUAUUAAUCUGGAAAGAAAUUACAUACUCCCUUUUGUUUGGUUUAACUUUUAAUGUGUUACUUGAUACCAUUCUUCUAAUAAAUGAAAUUUACUGAA